CUCAACUCUUAAGGUUCAUUCUUCAAACCUACAGCAACGACAACCGCCAUCCAUGUUCUUCAUUCAGUAUAUCUAUAGUAUAUUGAUAUUCUCCCAGGAAAUUUCAAAUCGCGCGUAAUACCUCCCACCACUACCUACUUAAUUCGGCUGCGAAAUAAAUACCUCCUUCCCCUCAAGAAACAAUGGACUACAACUCAGCCGAUCUGACAUCUGUUCUGCGAACCCUCUCUGCGCUAUCCAACCAACAAUCCCCAGCUUCAUCUUCUGACAUUGUCCCGCCCACUGACUCUCAGGCACAUCAUCCCGAUGACCCCGAAGAUAAUGAUCCAUACGAACCAUCAGAAACCCUCCCCUCGGUUCCCGUGACGCACCAGCAGCAAGCGCAGCAGCAAGCGCAGCAGAAGAAGGCUUUGCCCUCUCCAAAUCCCAGUUAUACCCACCCUCCGCGAGCCCAGACAACUCAAAACAGCACAACGGGUGGUGAUCCUUCAUCCAUAACCACUUGGAAUGCCGCUCUCCGCCACGUCAUGCGCACAGUGUCCCAGAAUGAGAACCUCCAAAGCCGCAUCCGAUGGUUAAUCCGCCGCCAGCACGACCACGAAAAACAGUGGUGGCAGGGUCGGGAAGCUUUGGUGAAGAAGCAGCAAGCGCGAACGGAGAAGAAAAAGGAGCUCGAUGCUGUGCUACGCUCUGUCGGUGCGCCAGUUGACAAUAACAAAUCAAUUUCGACAGCCGAAGAAGAUCAAGCCGAGCUGACUAACUACGAUGCGAAGGUCUACAGAGCUUCGAGGCAGAUGGCUGAUGCCAUGAUUGCGGAGCUGCGUGGAUUAGGGAUUCCAUUCUUCAAUAUCCGAAAAGACCUGACACUCAUUAGCAGGCAAGAUUUGUUGCAGUUGCAGCGGCGGAUUCUGGAGUUGUUAUUGGAUCUUUGUGGGGAGCAGUAA